AGCACAGAUGAACAUUUGACUGUAUUGUUUCCAGGUGUCGAGCCUCUCCUGAGGAAGAACCGAUUCUUUCUUCCUGCCAUCCAGCAGCCAUGGACUCCCUCCCAGAGUAUUCUCUGUUCCUGGUUCGGAUCCUGGAAGAGUUGGACACCAAGCACACCACCGUGUCCUACCAGGACCUGUGCAAGUCUCUGUGUGCUCGCUUUGACUUGGUGCACUUGGCCAAGCUGCGCAGUCUGCUCUUCCACACGGCCUGCCUGGACCCUGCCUUCCCAGCCACCCUCUUCAAGGACAAGAUGCGCUGUUCCACUGAGGACCCGCUGUCCAAAAAGCUCAUGGUUGCAGCGGACAUUGUCACCAUGUUCAAUCUGAUCCACAUGAAUGGAGGAAUAGCCAAAGAUAAGCUUCCUAUAGUUCAGAGAGCCACGUUUCACAAGAGUCAGUCCGUGGAGUUCUGCAGGUCUGACAGUGAUCACCUGAAGUAUCAGGACUGCGACAGGGGGGUCGGUUAUGAGCACAUGGAUCACCCCAGGGAAGGGCGCCAUCACCACCACUCUCAACAGCAUCCUGUGGCUCAGAACGCCCCUCCCUGUGCUACUUCCUCUGAUUGCAACAGCCGGCAGCGCUUUCUCGUCUCCUCAGGACCAAACUUCCUCCUGGGCAUGAGGAAAGACAUGAAAUGUAGAGCAGGCUCUCUGGACAAGCUGCAUCAUCUGCCUCAGUACUCCAGCAGCAGUCCACCAUCACCACCUUGUGAAAUGCAGAGCACCUACUUUCCUAUGGACAUAGACACUGAGUCCACCACUGACCAGGAGUCCCUGCAGAACAUGGGACAUCCAGAGCCCUUCUCUCUUCACUCUUGCAUCCAGAAGAGAAACGAUUUUAAGAAGGAUUCUCACAAUUUUGUGGCUUUUUCACCACAGGUCAUCACCAGUGAGUGCAAACAGGGCAGCAAGGCUGCUGAAGGAUACCACAAUAGGGAGUUACGUAAGCCUGCUACCUUCUUCAACCGUAGCUUCGAGCUGCCCUACAGUAACCCAUACUUUGAACCGCCACUUAACUCCCCCCUACAGGACAGGCGGAGGGUGAAGCACGAGAGCCUGGAUGACUUACAGGUGUCAACUUAUUUUGGUCCAACCACCGUCUCUGAGUGUGUUAGUAGUAAGAAGCACAUUAACAAAGCCGGGAAACAGCCAGUAUGGCCCAUGAAGAGCCUCAGUCUCAACGCAGAAGAGGGCCCUCCUGUUUCAGAAAGGAUUUUUCAAAGCAGCAGACCACUCAAAGAAAAUCAUCAGUGUAACAUUAUUACCAGUGAGAGUGAGCAAUAUUUUCACACCCCGAUGCAAAAGGUGUCAGCGUCACCGGGCUUUGCAAAGAAAAGUACUGAAAUAAAACCCAAGGAUAUAUCGCUGAUGGGUAGGGGACCUGGAGGUCUGGACAAUGGAGACGUAACCAAAAGGUUUGGGGACAAAAAUACGAAGAAUGCAUCCUUUCAAGAAGGGGAAAGCGCCUCUAGUGUUGGAACACAAACUGAGCGGAUUGAACAGAAGAAGCUAAAAGAAUACCAAUCCAAGUAUAACGACAGCGAGAGAUUGAAACGCUCAGUUGAGGAGUGCGAGGUCAUUAGUGAUGACAUAAGUGAUAUUUUUCGUUUUCUGGAUGAUAUGAGUGUUUGUGACUCUCUGGGCGUUGUUCAGUCAUCAUGUUACAAUAGUAAUGGGUCUCUCUCUCAGGUAACAUUAAAGUCAGAAGGCGACAGCUCCCCUGAAUGCAACACAAUCAAAUUAGCCAAGUCUAAGGUAGACCGCCUGUUCCAUUCACUUGAAAACACUGAUGAUGAGCUCAAAACAAGCGUGUGUAAGCUUGUGAGGAGAAUUGGUGAGAUUGAGAAGAAGUUGGAGUCUCUGUCGGGGGUUCGCAGUGAAAUAUCCCAGGUACUUUCCAAGCUCAACAAACUGGAUGAAAAGAUCCAGGAGCCUGAGGCCAAUGGGAGGCAUGGGGACAAAGCAUCAUCAUCAUCAUCCAGGUCCAAUGCCACACCGACAAAGGCUCAACCCUACCCACAUCCACAUUUCAACAGUACUGCUCGUUCACCUCGUACAGAUCGAAAGCGUCAGUAUGAGCUCCCCCAAGUGCAACGACUCCAAAAGCAAUCAAAGGAUUCCUACCUGACUGAGCAGGUGUUUUCACCGCAUCACUUCAACCCUUCUGUCAAGGCCCACAUGAAAGACAGCUCUCUGUACGCUGAUGUGAGGCUCACCAGUCCAUCAGCUGGGAUACGUGGCCAGCCAUCCUGGACCAUUGAGGAAUACAAACGCAAUUCAGGAAAGAAGGAAAAGCAGCUCACUGCUCUGGACCUGCAGACCCAGGAGUCGUUAAACCCCAAUAAUCUGGAGUACUGGAUGGAGGACAUCUACACCCCAGGCUAUGACUCGUUGCUCAAGAAGAAAGAGGCAGAAUUUAGGCGGGCCAAGGUGUGUAAGAUUGGAGCACUGAUUGCAGCUGCUACUUGCACUGUGAUCCUGGUCAUUGUUGUUCCAAUUUGCACCAUGAAAUCAUGAAUAAACGAGAAAGGUGGUAGCCAUGCACAAUGGAUGUUAUACUUCUACCUGUAGGUGUUUUCUUUUUGUGGACCAGUAAGUGCAAAGCAAACUGAGUGACAGCAUGAGAAUGUACGACUUUACAUUGUUUUGUUUUGUUGUUUUUUUGUUUUUAUGGUGUUUACAUCUGGGAGUAUUGCCAAUGUAGAAAUAUUAAGCUUAUAAAAUCAGCAAGUGCAU